UGCAGCUACACCUUCGUCCUGCCAGAAGCGGAUCCGCCCCCCUGCCCAGCCCCGGGAGACCCUCUGGGCAUCAACGCGCUGCAGCGGGACUCCCCCGCGGACGCUUUUCCGAGGCACGACGGGCAGCCCACCUUGCGGGUCCAGCAGCUGGAGAGGAUCUUGGAGAACAGCACUCAGUGGCUGCUGAAGCUGGAGAACUUCAUCCAGAUGAACAUCAAGACUGAGAUGGCCCAUAUCCAACAGAACGUGGUACAGAACCAGACUGCUGCAAUAUUGGAGAUUGGCACCAAUCUCUUGAGCCAAACGGCUGAGCAGACACGAAAGCUGACCGAUGUGGAGACCCAGGUCCUGAACCAAACCUCACGCAUCGAAAUCCAACUCCUGGAGAAUUCCCUGUCCACGAACAAGUUGGAAAGGCAGCUGCUGAUGCAGACAAACGAGAUUCACAAGCUCCAGAACCAGAACAGCAUCUUAGAAACCCGAGUCCAGCAGAUGGAAACGAAGCACUUGCGAGAGCUGGAGGACAUUCGGACCGAGAAGGAGCAGCUCCAGCAGCUGGUGAGCCGCCAGAGCAACACCAUCGAGGGUCUGGAGAAGUCCCUGCACGUGGCCAGCAGUAACGCCAGCCUCCUCCAGCAACAGCAGCUGCAGCUCCUGGAGUCGGUCCAGAGUUUGGUCUCCCUGGUCUCCCAAGGAAAAGUUCUUCUGAAAAAAGAAGACCGUCUGUUUCAGGACUGCACAGACAUCCUUCAGUCUGGAUUCAACCUCAGUGGGGUUUACACCCUCCGUAUUAACAAUUUGACUGAGCCCAAAAAGGCCUUCUGUGACAUGGAAACGGAUGGAGGAGGAUGGACGGUGAUCCAACACCGGGUCAACGGCAGCGUUAGCUUCCAAAAAAACUGGAAAGAGUAUAAACAGGGUUUUGGGGAUGCAGCCGGAGAAUACUGGCUGGGGAACGAGGCCAUCCAUCUCUUGACCAACCAGGCCGCCUAUACUCUAAGGGGGGAGCUUCUUGACUGGGAGGGCAACCGCGCAUAUGCCCAGUAUGACAAAUUCCAGCUUGGAAGUGAGCGCCAGCGAUAUAGGCUCUUUCUGAAAGGUUACAAGGGCUCAGCGGGCGAGCAAAGUGGUCUUCCCCUCCAAGGGACCUCGUUCAGCACUCGGGACUCCGAUAACGACAACUGCAUGUGCAAAUGUGCCCAGAUGCUUUCCGGUGGUUGGUGGUUCGACGCCUGUGGCCUCUCCAACCUGAACGGUAUCUAUUAUCCGGCCCGGCACCACAUCCGGAAACUGAACGGGGUCCGGUGGCAUCACUUCCAAGGUCCAGGAUACUCAUUAAAAAGCACACGGAUGAUGAUCAAGCUUUCCGGCAGCCGUGAAGGGGCGUAACAGGACUGGCCAGGAAGCUGUUCCUCCGAGUCGUAUUGCACAACCCCUGAGGCCUUGUAGCUUUGGAUGCGCGGGGGGGAGGCAAUGAUCUCCGGGCAACACGAUGCUUUGCACCAGGGUGGAGACCUCACCCCCAAGGCAGGUUGCAAGAAUUAAAAAAUACAUUCCAGAUAAGCAAAGAAGCUUGGGGAGGGCGCCUGCGUCUCCAAGGAAAAGAAGGCAGAACAUUGAGGUUCCCAAUCUAUCAAAAGCGAUUCGUGUAAUUUAGAUCUUUUGGGCUGCGGCCUACCAGAAACCCUUGUUUUAGCCCAGCCCCAAAACCCAGCAGAUCCCAUUGGUUUCCAACAGCCAGCACGGAUGGAUAAUGUAUAUAUUUGGAAUGGCACACUUAGACUUAGUCCACGCAUCACACAGAGCCAUCAGGGGGUUUCUCGGAUUUUAGCUCCUUCUGUUGCCUGAAACCGGCCGCUGGGUUUGUUAGCCAUGCUUUAGUACAACUUGGUAGGAACCUGCCCAAGUGUGGUUUAUGCAACAAAACAUGGCUAGGACCAGGCAUGAAGCCAGCAUACAUUGUAGGUGUACAAUGCACGAAGCCAAGCGUAAUGUUUAACAUCACGGGUGGUGGCCAGAAAAACAUUCAUUUGGUUUUGCAAAAAGCACAGUUGUACAGUUGGUCAGUUAAAAUAAUCUAGGGCAGUGUUUCUCAACCUUGGCGACUUGAA